CCAGGAAACAUUUUCUGUUUGGAACAGCUCUUUCGUUCUUUCAAAGGCUCAGCCGCCAUGGCAAGCCUCCCACGUGACAGCCUCGUCGCGCGGAUGCUCCAACGUGGCACGUUGCCGGCCUGGAACCUGUUUGACAAGGUUUCGCAGUUGGGCCACCUGCAGGUCAAAGGGCCCUGGACGGGCGCCGUAUGCCCAGUGCCCCAUGUGGCCUCGAAAGUUCCGACGCAAGGCCAAAGCGCAAAGGCACGGCCGCUGACUGAUUCACAGUCUACGGCGGCCACCACUUCUAGCAAGAGCAGCACCGGCUCGGUGGCAUCGAGCGUGGUGGGAUCGCUCGCGUCGAAGAUCCGCGCCAGCCUGGGCUCCGCGCGCGAGGCCUUGCAGCGGCCCAGCCGCCGGAAGAUCGGCAAGCAGCGGCCCUCGCAUCUGGUGACCCCGAAGCCCCGGCACCGGAAGAACGGGAAGCAGCGGCCUUCGCAUUUGGCACCCUUGGCGGUGAUGCAGCUACCCAGGCCCACGGCAGAAGGCUUGACAAAAGUCCCACAGAUCAGUGCUGGCGGUGAUUUGGCCACCUCAGGUCGGCCCAAAGAGAAAAGCAAGAGCCAAGAGAGAACCAAGAGCUCCUCCUCUCAGAAGAAGAAGAAGCGCUCCUCUGCCGAGCUCGACGCCACCGCCGCGCCCAGCAGCAGCCCGCGCGGAGCUCGUGACACGGAGCAGCUCGUGCGGAAGGAGCGGACAGGGACGAUGGCAGCGCCCAAGACGAAGCCCGUGAAGAAGCUGAAGCAGAAGGAACCGAUCACCAAGCGCAUGGGACUCAAAGUGCCGAAGCGCGCGGAGGAGAACUACGACCUCUCCGACCUGGAAGAAGAUGAGGACGGGAAUCGGAUUGAGCCAGAUCGACUGAGGAAGCACAUCCCUGCUUGGUGCAGCAACUAUACGCAGGUGGCCGCUUCUCAGGCGGAUAUCGAUCCUGACAGCAUCUUCGGCUCCCGUAUGCCGCUGUGCGACCUGGACGCCAUUUUCCCCGAUAGCUUCUACCGGAGCCUCCAUCCCAACCAACCACGCCAGCGCCGGCGGGGUUCGAGCUGCCAUUGGAUCCGGGAUGCGCUGACGCCUCAUGAGAUCCAUGCGUAUGCGGUGAAGAUGGGGCAAAGCAGGUCUUGGUCCACAGUAAGGGCCUCGAUUGGAGUGACCACCAGGCCGCAGAGUGGCAGCGCGCUGCAGACUGAACGGGUCGUAGCACUAGUGAAGCCCAAGCGAAGCUGAUUCGGCACCCAAACCCCGCACGGCGCGGCUUUCUGGAGCGUUGAAGCAUCGACUUGGGCAGCUUCUCGCGGUGGCGGGUCCACGGCUGUGCUGUUUAGUCUUCAAC